CAUUUUCAAAUUAUCGAAUUUUAUUUUGUGUCCGGACGUGGUUUUCGGCUCCCAGCAGUUAGAUCUCUCAAACCGUUUCGAGCACCAUGUUGGCCAGGUCCAUUCUCUCUGUGGCAGUGUGCGGCUUGCUGCUGUCGCCCCUCCUGCCCGCCACAAACGCGGCCAAGGAGGAGGACUCCUCCGCUGGCAAACAGGCGGAAAAGCAGUUCGCCGUGGAAUUGGACCCGGAAACCUUCGAUGCGGCGAUUGCCGGCGGCAAUGUCUUUGUCAAGUUCUUUGCGCCCUGGUGCGGUCACUGCAAGCGCCUUCAGCCGCUGUGGGAGCAGCUGGCGGAAAUCAUGAACGUGGAUGAGCCCAAGGUGAUCAUCGCCAAGGUGGACUGCACUAAGCACCAGACUUUGUGCGCCACCCACCAAGUCACCGGAUAUCCAACGCUGCGCCUCUUCAAACUGGGCGAACAGGAAUCUGUGAAGUUUAAGGGAACUCGGGACCUGCCCGCCAUCACCGAUUUCAUCAACCAGGAGCUGAACACCCCCGCCGAGGCGGAUCUGGGCGAGGCCAAGCGCGAGGAGGUCGAGAAUCCCAAUCUGGGCAAGGUGGUGGACCUCACUGAGGACACCUUCGCCAAGCACGUGUCCAGCGGCAAUCACUUUGUCAAGUUCUUUGCACCCUGGUGCAGUCAUUGUCAGCGUUUGGCACCUACUUGGGAGGAGCUGGCCAAGGAGCUGGUAAAGGAGCCCGGCGUAACCAUCUCGAAGAUCGACUGCACCCAGUUCCGUUCCAUCUGCCAGGACUUUGAGGUCAAGGGCUAUCCCACUCUUCUCUGGAUCGAGGAUGGCAAGAAGAUUGAAAAGUACUCGGGUACCCGUGACCUGACCACGCUGAAGUCCUACGUUGAGAAGAUGGUGGGAGUGCCGCUGGAGAAGACCGAAGACAAUGUCGUCGAAGGGGAGGCGGCCACCAAGGAGGCUGCCGCCGAUGAGGACGCGGCCAAGAAGUCGGCCUCACCCCAGCAGCUGAGCGGCGAGGCGGAGUUCGACGAGGCCAUAGCCGAGGGCGUGGUCUUCAUCAAGUUCUAUGCCCCCUGGUGCGGACACUGCCAGAAGCUGCAGCCCACCUGGGAGCAGCUGGCCACGGAGGCGUACCAGGCGCAGAGUGGCGUGAAGAUCGCCAAGGUGGACUGCACGGCGCCGGAGAACAAGCAAGUGUGCAUCGACCAACAGGUGGAGGGAUACCCAACGCUUUUCCUCUACAAGAACGGGCAGCGCCAGAACGAGUACGAGGGCAGUCGUUCGCUGCCGGAGCUGCAGGCCUACCUCAAGAAGUUCCUCGGCCACGACGAGCUCUAAGUCCGCAGGAUCAGCAGGGAUCAGCAGGGAUCGGCAGCAGCAGCAGCAGCCGCAGUAGCAGUCGAAUGAACAAAAACAAAACGCCCGCCAAACUAAUCGUAAUAGUAAUGUUUUCACUCCGAAACACCAGCAGCAGAAGUCUCUCUGAGAAGCCCGCAUUUAAAUCGAAGUCAUUCAUAUUGUGAUCUUAGUUCCCCCCGCUGUGUUCAAGUUUUCGUCCGCCUUGGAACCCUUUUUUAUGUUUUUAGUAUUUACUUUAAUGGGGCACAGGACUGUGUGCACGAAAAAAGCCAUUUAGCGAACUUUAUUUUCAAUUUUUUUAUAAUUUUGUGGUCAUCAGGCUACUUUAAAGUAAUUUCUAGGAAAAAUUGUCAACACAAAUACAAAUAAAUACAAAUUGGAAAACAUA